AUGAUGGCUUCCGCAUCGGCUGAUGAGCGCAACUCACGGACGAUCCACACCGCUGCGUGUCUGAUCAUCGGCGAUGAGGUUCUCGGGGGAAAGGCAUGUUUCUACCGUUCCCGAUUAUGUUCGAACUCGAAUUACAUGGCAAAAUGGUGCUUCGAUCUAGGCAUUAACCUGAAGAGAAUCGAGGUCAUUGCAGAUGACGAGUCCGAGAUCGUUGAGGCGGUCCGUCGGAUGAGCGACAAAUACGACUUUGUGGUCACCAGCGGAGGAAUUGGCCCAACACACGACGACAUCACCUAUGACUCCAUCGCCAAGGCAUUCGGGUUGAAGAUCGCCCUGUACCAAGAGGCCUACGAGCGGAUGAAGAAGUUUUCGAGACCGCAUCCAUCACAGCCCAAGUUCAACUGGGACGAGGACUCGCCGGCCAAGAAAGCGAAGCUGAGGAUGGUCGAGCUGCCAACGGAUGAGUCGCGAGACCUGAGCAAGCAGUUCCUCUUCCCGCGAGAGGACAUGUGGGUUCCCGUCGUAGUUGCAAACGGCAACGUUCAUAUCCUUCCCGGAGUUCCGAGACUUUUCGAGGCGCUUUUGGACGCUCUGAAGCCUUCCAUACUACCACGGCUUGUGGACCCGGAGGGCAAGGGGAUCGUCAGAGUUCUCAUUUCGACACCACUCUCGGAGAGCGCAGUUGCGGGAUAUUUGACUGAGCUAGCGUCCCAAGUUGAGCCAAAGGGCGUCAAAGUUGGAAGUUAUCCACGGUGGGAGAAGAGCAGGAACACGGUGACAUUGGUUGGCAAGGACAAAGCUUUUCUGGAUAGCAUCGCGCCCGAGGUUGCUGAAAAGGUCAAAGGUCGGGUGGUCCAAGUCGAGGGAGAGGACGAUGAUUUGCCCAAUGCGAGUUGA